UGAGAUGUUUUACAAACCCUCGUCCUUAGGGUUUAUCUUACCGCCAACAAAACGAACCUCUAACCUAUGAUCAAAUGUGAAGCUUCUACAGAUUAUCAAUAUUGCAGAGAAAAAAGGAUGGAAGCCAGGGUGGGGAUGUCAGCACGCGGAGGCAGCGUUGCAGAGGGCGGGUCGUUUCUGCCGCACCACCAGCGUCUGAAACACCACCAGUAUCACACGCACCAGCACCCACAGAAUUCGCAGACGCAAAUCGGAACUGUGCCGCAGCUUCUUGCAGGUGGUAUUGCCGGAGCUUUCAGCAAGACAUGCACUGCCCCCCUAGCUCGUCUCACGAUUCUAUUUCAGGUCCAAGGCAUGCAUUCGGAUGUGGCAGUGUUAAGUAGACCAAGUAUAUUCCGUGAGGCUCUGCGGAUUGUGAAUGAAGAAGGAUUCCGAGCUUUCUGGAAGGGAAAUCUUGUCACUAUUGCUCACAGACUUCCGUAUUCAUCAGUCAACUUUUACGCUUAUGAACACUAUAAGAAAAUCCUAAAAUCUAUUCCAGGCUUCUAUGGUAAUGAGAGACAUGCUGGUGCAGAUGUACUUGUGCAUUUUGUAGGUGGUGGUUUAGCUGGAAUGACAGCUACCUGUGCCACCUACCCUUUGGAUCUUGUUAGAACAAGGUUGGCAGCACAGAGGAGUACAAUUUAUUAUCAGGGCAUUUCCCAUGCCAUCCACACCAUCUGUAGGGAUGAGGGCUUCUUUGGGCUGUAUAAAGGACUUGGAGCAACAUUAUUGAGUGUUGGACCUAGUAUAGCAAUAAGCUUCUCUGUUUAUGAAUCUUUGAGAUCUCAGUGGCUAGCUCACAGGCCUGAUGAUCCCAAUCUUCUCAUUAGUCUUACUUGUGGAAGUCUUUCGGGAAUCGCAUCAUCUACGGUGACAUUUCCUCUCGACCUAGUGAGGCGACGAAUGCAGUUGGAAGGAGUUGCUGGUCGUGCACGCGUGUACAACAGUGGUCUGUUCGGGGCAUUUAGGCACAUAGUUCAAACCGAAGGUUUCCGGGGGUUUUAUAGAGGGAUUAUGCCCGAGUACUACAAAGUUGUCCCUGGUGUGGGAAUUGUUUUCAUGACGUAUGAGGCACUGAAGAAGUUUUUAUCUGAAUCUCCCUUUGCUUGAUUGGUUUUCAUCUUCGGAAAUUACAAAUGGUUCUGCAAGUUCCCAUGCUCUGAGAGGCACUCAGAUGGAGAAACAGUUUUGCGCGCUACUAAAUACUAAGCUAGAAAAGUCGAAAAAUAUUGAGUAGGUAAAUUAUAUCACUUCCAUGUUGUCGUUAUUGUCUUAGCAUCUAACUUCUAUUUUUCACUGUGUAUAGCCCAUUAGUCCCCCAACCUGGCAUUGAAGUGUUGUCCUACAUGAUUGCACUUUUUUGGCCCUUUUUGUUAAAUUUUCAGGACUGCUGUAGCUUAGCAUUUUAUUUUCUGAAGUAACUUCAGAUGAAUUUUGUUAACUGAUGCGUUUCUUUCGGCUUUGUAUUGACAGUGAAAUGAAAUAUUAUUAAUUAAAUUUAAUUAUCAGCUGAUUGUUACUAGGCUAUUUUUAUAAUUU